CAAAGGAAAAGUAGAAGGAGAUAGCUAAAAACUAUCUUCUUCCCAAAAAUAAAAGGAAGGAGAUAGGAAAGGGUUGAAUAAGAAAAUUAAAAAAACAAAUCCUUGGUGAAAAUAAAAAUGGGUAGGGUUUCGAUGAUCGCGUUGAUGCUUUGCCUGAUGGCAGCAACGGUGAGGAGCGAGGACCCUUACCUCUACUUCACGUGGAACGUCACAUACGGAAGCGUAGCCCCAUUGGGUGUUCCCCAACAGGGUAUCCUCAUCAACGGCCAAUUCCCAGGUCCAGAAAUCAACUCCACCAGCAACAACAACAUUGUCAUCAACGUAUUCAACUACCUGGACGAGCCCCUCUUGUUCACGUGGAGCGGUAUCCAGUUGAGGAAAAACUCAUGGCAAGAUGGAACAUUGGGCACCCAAUGCCCCAUUGCCCCAGGCACCAACUACACUUACCACUUCCAGGUCAAGGACCAAAUCGGAAGCUACUUUUAUUAUCCUACCACAGGUAUGCACCGUGCUGUCGGUGGAUUUGGUGGUCUUAGGAUCUACAGUCGCCUGUUGAUCCCCGUUCCAUAUGCUGAUCCUGCUGACGAGUACUGGGUCCUCCUCGGGGACUGGUUCGCCAAGACACACCAGACCCUAAAGCAGUUCUUGGACAGUGGACGCAGCCUCGGCAGGCCCAGCGGGGUCCACAUCAACGGGGCCAAUGCUGGGCUUGAGCCCCUCUACACAAUGGAGCCCGGCAAGACUUACAAAUUCAGAAUCUGUAACGUUGGCCUCAAGGAUGCCCUCAACUUUAGAAUCCAAAACCACCCCAUGAAGCUCGUUGAGAUGGAAGGCUCACACGUUGUUCAGAACGUCUACAACUCCCUCGAUGUCCAUGUGGGACAGUGCUUCUCCGUCCUCGUCACCGCUGACCAGCAACCCAAGGACUACUUCAUGGUUGCCUCUACACGCUUCACCAAGAAGGUCUUGACCGCCACACGUGUCAUUCGCUACACCAAUGGCGUCGGCCCCGCCUCCCCCGAGCUCCCACCCGCACCCGAGGGCUGGGCCAUUGAAUACUACCUAGCUGUGUUGUAUGCUGUGUUGUGCUGUGCGGAGUGGUGUGAUAUUAUAGCCGCUAAGUCGGUGCUGUUACUAGCCACAUAG